GGCGCCGCGCCCGCUCCGCUAGCGCCGCACGCAGACAAUCAGCUACGAUCCUUGCCUGCACAGAGGAUUUAAAAUCAACUGCAAAUUGCUGAAGAAUUGCACUUCAAGUGGUCUCAAGAGGCAGGAGAAGCAGGUCUUCACUAGAAUGGAAGAGGCCAAGAGCUCAAAGAAUGGAAAUCAUGACCCAAGGAAGUCUGUCCGUCUCGUCUGUGAGGAAGGCAAACCUGUCAAAGUCACAAUUAAUCAAAAUUACAAACAUAAUAGGAAUGACAAAUCUGUGAAGGAUGUUGGGAGAAGUUCUCCAAGUGGGAAUAGCAGCAAAAAAAGUAAACAAAAUGAUGUUUGUUCUGAGAAACAAGGGGAAAAUAAAUCAUGCAAAGUAAAUAGUUGUAGUCCUGGCACUAAAGAUACGGGAGCAAACGCUCAGGAUCGAAGUCAUGGGAAAGCAAAAAAAUUCUCUAAUUUAUCAUCGGCAAUGGAAAACCUGAAACAGCCAAAAGCCCAGGCAGGGGGAGAAAAUGCUCCAGGCUCCCACAUUUCAGGGAAUGGGGUCGGAAUGGAAAGCUUAACAGCUACACAGAAAGGGAAACUGGUGCUGGAAAAUCCACUGGGAGUUCCUGCUUUGAAGGCUGGUGUUGAUCAGACUGGUGAUCCUGGUAAGGCUGCUGCAGAUCAGAGGAAAAUGGAACAUAAGCCUGAUGACUUCAGUAAAAUCAAGAAUUCUGAAUCAACAAAAGAACAUACUUUGGAAGCAGAUUAUUUAGAAACCACUGCUGGUCUUGAUGAAUCCAAUCUGACAGUUGAACAGCAACUGGGAUUGAAACAAGCCGAGGAACGGCUGGAAAGGGAUUAUAUCUCCCGACUUGAGAAACGCUCCCCAGAAUACACCAACUGUCAGUAUCUAUGCAAGCUCUGCUUAGUUCACAUUGAAAACAUCCAGGGAGCUCACAAGCAUAUUAAAGAAAAACGGCAUAAGAAAAAUAUAAUGGAAAAGCAAGAGGAGAACGAGCUGCGGGCCCUGCCACCCCCCUCUCCUGCACAGUUGGCUGCUCUGAGCUUUACCCUCAUCCAGGCAGCACAUGAACAAGGCAUCUCAGAUGAGGACUUCAGAAUUCGUCAGGAGAUUGUAAAUGAGAUGGAGAAAAUUAUUCAGCAGCCCUUACCAGACUGCUCCCUGAGGAUGUAUGGCUCCUGUUUAACCAGAUUCGCUUUUAAGACCAGCGACGUGAACAUUGAUAUCAAAUUCCCCCCUAAGAUGAGUCAGCCAGAUGUUCUGAUCCAGGUGCUUGAGAUCUUGAAGAACAGUGCUGUCUACUCGGAUGUGGAGUCGGAUUUCCAUGCCAAAGUUCCUGUUGUCUUUUGCAAAGAUGUUAAAAGUGGUUUGACGUGUAAAGUCAGUGCUAGGAAUGACGUGGCUUGCCUUACAACUGACCUGCUGGCUGCUCUUGGAAAACUGGAGCCCGUCCUUAUCCCCUUGGUUUUGGCUUUCCGCUACUGGGCUAGACUCUGCCACAUUGACUGUCAGGCUGAAGGUGGCAUUCCCUCAUAUUCCUUUGCCUUAAUGGUGAUAUUUUUUCUUCAACAAAGAAAACCACGUAUUUUACCAUCCUAUUUGGGCAAUUGGAUUGAAGGGUUUGAUUCCAAGAGGCCAGAUGACCACCAGCUGAAGGGUGUGGAAGAUGAUGAGUUCGUCAGGUGGGAGUACAAACCCCCAACAAACGGUGCAGCAAAAAACUCGGUGGGAGCAGAAAGUAAAGCUAAAGUUGAACAACAAAAAGGUGGUGGCAAGAAGGCAGCAAGCUCAGAAGUGGACAACCAAAGUAAUGGAAAGGAGAAACAUGGGAUUUCUCUCUUAGCACUCAAAACCCCUCACCAAGUUUCCCUGGGGCAACUGUGGUUGGAACUGUUGAAGUUUUACACACUGGAAUUCGCUUUGGAGGAAUAUGUCAUCAGCAUACGGGUACAGGAGCUCUUAACCAGAGAGAAUAAAAACUGGCCGAAAAGGCGAAUAGCCAUCGAAGAUCCUUUUGCACUUAAGAGGAAUGUUGCACGAAGUCUAAAUAGCCAGAUGGUAUUUGAGUACAUCCUGGAGAGAUUUAGGACAGCAUAUAAAUAUUUUGCGUGUCCACAAAGUAAAGAUGGGAUUAAAUCCAAGCCAGAUACCAAGAAAAAAGAAAAAGGGAAAAUUAAUAAUAAGAAAUCCACGAGAUCUGAAGAGCCCGUAGCAAACUGUUGCCUUCCACAAGAGGAAAAUGUUGUAGAUAAACAAAAUAUAGAAAGUGGAUGUAACGUACCAGAGAAUGAACUUGAAUGUAAUCAAGUGGGUGAAGCUGUAGCCAAAAGUUGUACUUCCAAGGACGUGGACUCUUUGCUCCUUCCAGCAUUGGACUCCAGUUACGAUGAAGACAAAGAAGAAGCUUUAUCCCUCAUUUCUAACGAGUGCUGUGAAUUAAAGCAAAAAUCACCACAGGAGAGGGACGACUUAGAAAUCUCAGUUUGCGUGACUGAAGGUGAGCUCAGCCCCCACUGUAACUGCAGGGAACAUCAGCCUGAGGACACCAACUCGAGCAAUGACUUCUCUGACGCCGAGAGCAGGCCGAGCUCGGGCGCGGAGGCGUCGGCGCAGCCCACGUGCACUGGCACACCAGCUACCUCGCCCCUCUGCGCCGCAGGGGGGGAACCCCGCGAUCUCAAAGAUGAAGGCAGACUCUCCCCAGAGGAAAUGCAUUACGUGUUCGAUAAGUUGAUUUUUACUUCGGGAAAGCCACCAACUAUAGUAUGCAGCAUCUGCAAACGGGAUGGACAUUCCAAAAAUGACUGCCCAGAGGAUUUCAAGAAAAUUGAUCUAAAACCACUACCACCAAUGACAGACAGAUUUCGGGAAAUACUUGACAUAGUGUGUAAAAGAUGUUUUGAUGAAUUAUCCCCUCCUUUAUCUGAGCAACAGAACAGAGAACAAAUACUGGCAAGUUUGGAACGAUUCAUUCGAAAAGAGUACAAUGACAAAGCCAGGCUUUGCUUAUUUGGCUCCUCAAAGAAUGGAUUUGGAUUUCGGGACAGUGACCUCGACAUCUGCAUGACACUGGAAGGCCAUGAAAAUGCAGAGAAGUUAAACUGUAAAGAAAUAAUAGAAGGUUUGGCAAAAGUUCUUAAGAAGCAUCCAGGUCUGAGGAACAUCUUGCCUAUAACAACAGCCAAAGUGCCUAUAGUGAAGUUUGAACACAGACGGAGUGGCUUAGAGGGAGAUAUCAGUUUAUACAAUACACUGGCGCAGCAUAACACCAGGAUGCUGGCUACGUAUGCAGCUAUUGACCCUAGAGUGCAAUAUCUGGGCUACACAAUGAAAGUGUUUGCAAAGCGCUGCGAUAUCGGGGAUGCGUCCCGUGGGAGCCUGUCCUCCUAUGCCUACAUCCUGAUGGUGUUGUACUUCCUCCAGCAGAGGAACCCCCCAGUUAUUCCAGUCCUGCAGGAGAUAUUUGAUGGCAAACAGAUUCCACAGAGAAUGGUGGAUGGAUGGAAUGCUUUUUUCUUUGAUGACAUGGAAGAAUUGAAGAAGCGCCUGCCUUCCCUUGGGAAGAACACUGAAUCCCUUGGAGAGCUCUGGCUGGGACUGCUGAGGUUCUACACGGAGGAAUUCGACUUCAAGGAGUACGUGAUCAGCAUCCGGCAGAAGAAGCUGCUGACGACGUUCGAGAAGCAGUGGACGUCCAAAUGCAUCGCCAUCGAAGAUCCUUUUGACUUGAAUCACAAUCUCGGUGCUGGAGUCUCUAGAAAAAUGACCAAUUUCAUAAUGAAGGCAUUUAUCAAUGGCAGAAAAUUGUUUGGCACCCCAUUCUACCCAGCUGUUGGAAGAGAAGCUGAAUACUUUUUUGACUCCAAAGUGCUGACAGAUGGGGAAUUGGCACCCAAUGACAGAUGUUGUCGUGUCUGUGGGAAAAUUGGUCACUACAUGAAAGACUGUCCAAAGAGGAGGAGUGUAAACAUUCAGAUGGAGACCAUAUUACCUGGCUGCACAAUUUGUCAUGUAUUCAAAUGGAUUUCCUGUAGUGAUCAUGUUCAGAAGACAGUGUUGCAUUUGAAUUGUUCUGUAGAUCUGAUAACAAGAUCUACAAGGUUGAAGAAAAAGGAGAAUGAGAAAGAUGAUGAAAAAGAAGUGAAAGAAGAUGACAGAGAAACAAGAGAGAAAAGGUGUUUCAUCUGUGGGGAUGUGGGGCAUGUUAGGAGAGACUGUCCUGAAUUCAAACAGACCCGUCAGAGAAAUAACAGCGUGCCAGGCACGCAGCUGGUCCGGAGCAUGGUGAAUUCCCAGCUGGUGGCCGUGAGCCAGCAGCAGGUGGAGCGGCCCCUGCGCACCAGACAGUCCUCGGAAUGUUCUGAUUCUCAUCAAUCAUCUUACUCUCCACAACCUCAGCAGUUUACCCAGAACUCCUCUCAGCCAGCCUCCAUUAACCAGACUCAACCACAACCAAUAUCCCAGUCUAAGCACGUUCCACAGCCACAGCAGGGUGCUCAGCCACCCCAUCAGGUCCAGCUGCCUUUGUUUAACUUUCCCCAAUCUCCCCCAGGUCAGUAUUCCACCUUGCAUAACCUGGGACUGCUUCAGAUGCACCAUCACCAAAUUCAGCUUCCCAACACUUCUUGGCCCAUUCACGGGCCCGUUAUUCACUCAGCCCCGGGUAACCCUCCUCAUUCGACCAAUGUCCCGUUUUCGAUGAGAUCUGGCAGCAGCAGCACCACCAACAACCAGAGCAGUGUAAGCUUGAAUGAUCCCAGUAUCAUCUUUGCACAGCCUGCUGCCAGGCCCAUGGGAAUCCCCAGCACUUCUCAUGAGGGACACUGGCACAAUCCUGUGACUCCAAACUCACUGGUGAACAAUGGCACUGUGGGGAACUCAGAUCAGGGUUUCCAAGGACAGUUUGGUAAAAUGAACCCUCCUUCUGUCCCUUGGGACCAUGGGACCCCUACCCAUUUUCCUCUCCUCCGAGGAGCGUGGCCUUACAAUAUGCCUCAGAACUACAUGCAGCAGGGAAAUGCCAGCUACCCACCGAACAAACCUUUCUACCCUCAAGCUGGUCCACUGAUGCAGAGUAACCAGCGUUUCCCGCUUCUGUCUCAAGGACACCCACACUUGAAUCUGAAUUACAUUCAACAGAAAAAGUGAAAGUCAAUGGGAUGGGGGGGGGGGGGGGGGAGGAAGAAAUUCAGGUUCUGAUUUAAAAUCUUAAUGCAACAUGUUUAGAUACAAGAUUAUUUAAGACUGUUUUUAAACUGUAUCAUUUGUACAUAGAUAUGAACUAUAGUUUUUACUAGUAUCACAAAACUGAGUGAUACAAAUUUCAUCUAUUUUAUUACCCUAUUUUUAAGGGGAAUUGUGUUUUGUUUUAUCUUGAUAAACUGUAAAGAGAGAGAAUUUUUAAAAUUAAGUUCUUUAUUUUCUAUUAGCUGUAUUCAUACUUUGGUUGCUUCAGACUUUAUAUAUAUUGUUCUAAAAAAAAAUAAAAUUAGAAGGGGAUUUCAUGUGUUUAAAAAUUUGUCACUUCUAUUCUUUACAGAACUAUGUAGUGCCAAAAAAACUUUUUAAAAGAAAAAUAAAACUGCAAAAAAAG